UGCAGCAAAUUGUAAGGAAAAACUUUCUUACAAAAUGGGUAACAUCACGUCGAUGCAGUACAAAUUCAUACAUUUUCCAUAUAAUAUUCUCAAGUACCUUAAAAGUAAUGCAAGUAUUAGAAUGUAUUCAUCAUUGUCGCAUAUAGACGAAACCGGUAGAGCGAAUAUGGUAGAUGUUGGUUUGAAAAACGACAGUAAACGCAUAGCGAUAGCAAAAGGUUUCGUAAAAAUAGGUCCUGUUAUCAGUAAUUUAAUUGCGGAAAAUAAUGUAAAAAAAGGCGAUGUGUUAUCGGUGGCUCAAUUGGCCGGUAUUAUGGCAGCGAAACGUACUUCUGACCUCAUACCAUUAUGUCAUCCGCUCUCCUUAUCUUAUGUAAAUGUACGCUUAAAAUUGAACGAAAAAUCGUACACAGUCGAAAUCACGUCGGAGGUCAGAUGUACCGGCAAGACUGGCGUCGAAAUGGAAGCUUUAACCGCAGUGAGCAUAGCGGCUCUCACGAUCUAUGAUAUGUGUAAGCAUGCGGCUAAACCUGGUACAAUGGAAAUAUAUGGUAUAGAAUUGGUGUCCAAAACGGGUGGCACAAAGGGUGACUUUGCGAUAGAUAAAGCUUAAAAACGGUAUCUUCAUCCUAUCGACCGCACGUAUCAUCGACAGGAUGAAGAUUCAUUCUGCUGUGAUUAUUUAUUAAAUAACAGAACAGAGUACAAGAUUCUAAAACGUGCAAAUAUGUCUAAAGAAAAACAAUUAUUAAUGUAUUUAGAUUAUCUGAAAUGUCUAUUAUGUAUAGGAUUUUAUAUAUAUUUUAUAAUAUAUGGCAAGGGGAGAUAUAACUACAUUUUACAUACAUAUAUAUAUAUAUAUAUUAGUGAUAAAAGAAUUAUUAAUGUUACGUAAUUAUUAAUUUUUUUUCGAAAUGGCUGUAUGUUCAGCCUUGUCUAUUAUUUUUGUAGUUCUAUACAUGUCAAUAAUAUAAAAAUAAGCUAUUAUAUCGUUCCGCACAACGAAAACCAUGACCGUUCCGGCUUGGGACAUUCGACAACUUUUUUUCUUAAUUUUUCUUUUUAUAAUUUAAAAAGACCUUUCGUAAAUUACGUAAAAUCUUAAAUGUAAGUGGAAAAAAUGUUGGGUAGAAAAAAACAGUAAUUAUAGCAAAAGUCAUGAAUCAGACGCAGAUAUGCAUAAUCAGGUAGAGAUAUAUUUACGUGAAUAAAAAAUGUGUCUGUAAUUUAAGUAAAUACGUAUAUAUUUAUUUAAAUCAACGAGGUAAUUAUCGGAAAAAUGUUACUACGAUUAUGUACGGAAUGUUAGAAAAAAGUUUGUAAAGAAUCCGUACGUAUUGUUGUGAAAGCCAGAAGAGAAAUUAGGAGCAGAGCGCAAUAAGUGGAAAUAACCACCAGCGCUUGUAUUGUUGUACCUUGAGAGAACUUCCGACUUGCUCUUUUUAAUAAGCAUUUAAUAUUACCGCGAGGAUGAACGCCGAGGGAACGAAAGCACCCGUUGAAGAAAACACAAAGAGGUGGUAAAAUACGUAAACGGAUCUUGCCAAGAGAGUUCUCCUAUAUUACGAGUCAUACAAAUGAUUUAUAUUGUAUUUUUUAAGAAUAUUGUUACAUUGUUGAAAGAUUUUAUCGGAAUAUAUUGUUUAAUAUACAAGAGAAA